AGUAACUUAAGGAAAAGUUAGUCAUGUUCUCAACACUUGCAACUGAAAAAAACAUUGUUGUUUUGCUCAAGUGUAGGUUGUGUUUGUGUCCUGUAGAUUUGGAGGCUUUCAUGAGGAGUCUAAACCUUGGACCUGUCCCGGAGGCCCACGAACAUGACCAUCACGAAGAGGAACACGCUGAUCAUGAUCAUAGUGGUUUAAAACGGAGGAAAAGGAGCAGCCCUGAACUUCACGAGGGGCAUGAUAGAAACACCACCUGGGAUGGGCUCUGUUUCUCGGCUGAAGAGCUGGUCUUGAUCUAUGGUCUGGCAGACAACAGCUCUAACUCCUCCGCCCUGGGUCGGUCUGACUUGGCUCUGCUCAGCCCUGCGCUUGUCCAGCAGAUCCUGAGUGGAGCCUGUACAGACGUCACCACUGAACCACUGAAACCAGAUAAGCUCACUGUGACAGAGAGAUACCUCUAUGCAACCAUUGCCAACGUGGUGAUAACUCUGAUUUCCAUGUUUGGCAUUGUGUUGCUCCUGUGUACUUCCUGUACCAGUAUGUUCCAGAUGUGUAUCCAGCUCUGCAUAGGCCUCGCUGUAGGUUCACUCACUGGAGAUGCCUUGUUGCACCUGGUACCCACGUUUCUAGGUUUACAUGACGACACGGGCGGCCAUAAGCAUUCACAUGACAGUCACAAUGUGGAAAUCCCAGACUACAUUUACAAGAUGCUGGUGGUGAUUGCCGGGAUCUACUACUUUUACCUGAUGGAAACGAUCUUCUCUCUGAUCACAUUUAAAGACAAUCAUCACCACCAUCAACAUCAUCAUGGGGAAGAAUCAGAGCCUCACCACUGUGACCACGGGAGGGUUUUAGAGAUGUAUCAACAGGAAAGGAAACAAAAAGACAAAUCACAGUCAGCAUCAAAAGCAGACCUGGUUGGUCAUGACAGUGAGAAUUCACUUUCAGUGCCGAAGGAGCGCAGCAGAGAACAGCGUCUGGUGCCUUAUAUGAUAACUAUCGGUGACGGCAUCCACAAUUUUGCAGACGGCUUAGCGAUGGGCGCAGCUUUCUCCCUGUCAUGGAAGUCUGGUCUGGCCACAUCACUAGCUGUACUCUGCCAUGAACUACCACAUGAACUGGGUGAUUUUGCCAUUUUGCUCCACUGUGGUAUAUCUGUCCGCAAGGCGUUGCUUUUAAACGUCAGCAGCGCCUUGACCUCGUUCAUCGGCCUGUACAUCGCUCUGUCUGUAGCCACUGAUGUCGCAACCCAACAGUGGAUAGCUGCCAUUACUGCAGGACUCUUCCUGUAUGUGGGGCUGGCUGAUAUGCUGCCCACCAUGGUCCACAUCAGCAACAAGAGACCCUGGUUGAUUUUUCUGGUGCAGAAUGUCGGCCUUCUGACCGGGUGGGGUAUUCUGUUGGUGCUGUCGCUUUUUGAAGAGAGAAUCAGCUUUUAAAAUAUGGACAGUCACAACAUACAGUACCCUGGACUCAUUUUGCUUUUGGUAUAAUCUAUGACUGGGUGUUUUUUAGGGUGUAACUCGUAACUCGGGGGUGGUGAUGGGGCAUAGAUAAGAUGCUUGCCUUUGGUGUGGGAGACCUGGGUUCGAUUCCCACUGUGAGACGUCCACCAUUGUGUCCCUGAGCAAGACACUUAACCUAUAGUUGCUCCAGAGACGUGCGACCUCUGACAUGUAUAGCAAUUGUAAGCGUCAGCUAAAUGAAUGUAAAUGAAUAGAUGUAAAAUGGCCACAAUUACAACCGACAGAGUGAGAUGGCCCUUGUUCCGACUAAAAAAAGGGAAAAUAAAACUGUCAGAUGGGGAACUGA